AUGCGGGAUGAAAUUCUGUUGACUCCCUGGAGAGAGUUUCCUGAUGAUUUGGACCCAUUUGCCCUGGAUGAACAGGAGUGGGAUUUCAUCCUCGUGAGUGACAUCCAUCAAAUGGGCAGUGAGAAGGAGAUCAAGAGGAAGAAGUUCCUGGAUGAGCUGAGCAAGAAGGGGUUCACCAUCAAGAAAAUUGAGGACAAGAAGCUAUUUUAUGGAGUCCGUGCCCCAAAAUGGAUCUUCCGGAAAUACCAAUGGCUCAUGAGGAACCCAGACAGCAGGUUGCAAAGCCCCGGUGCCCAUCAUGAUGUACCAGUGACAACCAGGAUACGGAUUGUGAACUUCAUCCUGCAGAACACAGUGACUCCUGACCUCGAGAAGCUGCGUGACCUGAUGAAAAAGAAUGUCUUUGAGGCAGCAUUUCCACUGCACGAGAAAGAAGAGAAAAGCUUGUUCCUAAAGGAGAAAUGGGCUCGAUGGAGAGAUAUAUUUUGUCAACAGCCAAUUGAGAAUAUCAGGGGUUAUUUUGGUGAGAAGGUGGCCUUGUACUUUGCCUGGCUGGGUUGGUACACCUACCUGCUGGGAAUUGCUGCAGUGGUUGGACUGCUGGUCUUUGUGGCUGGGAUUACAGUUUUCAGCUCCAGUCAGGUGAGCAAGGAGAUCUGUGAAGCCAAUACAACCAUUAUGUGCCCGCUCUGUGAUCAAAAGUGCCCAUUCUGGCUGCUCUCUGACACCUGCACCUAUGCCAAGGUCACUCACAUGAUUGACAACGAGGGGACAGUUUUGUUUGCCAUGUUCAUGGCAAUCUGGGCCACUGUGUUCCUGGAGCUGUGGAAGAGACAGAGGGCCACUGUGGUCACCAACUGGGACCUGUACCAGUGGGAUGAUGAUGAGGAGGAACUGGCUAUGGAGCUGAUCAAUAACCCUCUGCACGAACCCCAGCGGUACCAGCACUCCUACUUCCGCAGCACCAUCGUAAUCCUCUUGGUUCUGGUCAUGAUCGCUGUGCUGAUCGGAAUCGCCCAUGCGCUCGUCAUCUACAGGGUGAUGGCAAUGGCUCUCUUCACCCAGAGCACCUUUGAGUUCAUCCGGGAGCAGGCCGACACAGUAGCAGUGAUGACAGGGGCUGUGCUACACUACCUCACCAUUGUCAUCAUGACCAAGGUCAACAGGCGUGUGGCCCUCUAUCUCUGUGACCUGGAGAAACCACGGACCUUCUCGCAGCGUGAGAACAACUUUACCAUGAAGAUCUUCACCUUCCAGUUCUUCACAAACUUCUCUUCACUCAUCUACAUUGCCUUCUUCCUGGGGCGGAUCAAUGGCCGCCCGGGAAAUUACGUGCGUGUUGCUGGCAAGUGGAGACUGGAGGAGUGCCACCCCAGCGGCUGCAUCACUGACCUCUUCAUCCAGAUGGCCAUUAUCAUGUUACUCAAGCAGACCAUUAGCAACUUCAUGGAGUACCUGGUCCCCUGGCUAACCUACAAGCUACACAAGAAGCAGAAGCGCCCCAAGAAGAGAAACAUGAUGAUGUUUGGGGAGGAAGAGGAGGCUGAAGAUCCCUGCAAAAAGCUGUGGCUGAGCAACUAUCACCUCAGCGAAGUCAACAUCUUCAGCUUGUUUGACGAGUUCUUGGAGAUGGUGAUCCAGUACAGCUUCACCACCAUUUUUGUUGCUGCCUUUCCACUCGCCCCACUGCUGGCAUUCUUCAACAACCUCUUCGAGAUCCGCCUGGAUGCCAUCAAGAUGAUACAGUUACACCGGCGCAUGGUGCCCAGGAAAGCCAAUGAUAUCGGAAUCUGGCUGCAGGUCCUGGAGGCCAUCGGCAUCUUGGCUGUCAUUGGCAAUGGACUGGUGAUCGCCAUCACAUCCGACUUCAUUCCCAUUCAGGUCUACAAGUACACAUACAGCCCCUGCAUGACAGAAAACAGCACUACCAUAGACUGCUCAACAGGUUACAUCAACCACAGCCUCUCCAUCUUCCGCACCCAGGACUUUGAGCCACAUAUGAAGUUGCCUGAAAAACUACCAGACUUUCUUAGGCAUGAGAUCAAGGAAUGCAGGUACCGAGAUUACAGGAAUGCUGAUGACUACAGCUACACAGUCCAGUUUUGGCAUGUGUUUGCAGCCCGGCUUGCCUUCCUCAUCCUCUUUGAGCAUGUGGCUCUGUGCAUCAAACUAAUUGCAGCCUGGUAUGUCCCCGAUGUCCCCCAAUCAGUUAAGAAUUGUAUACUGGAUGAAAAACACACCAAACUUCAGAAGGAACUGAGCAUGAUGGAGUACUCUACUGAUGUGUAGCAUGAGGAGAAUGAGAAACAUAGACC